GCAAAGCGGCCGCGCAUGAUGACGCAGGAACAUCAGCAAUACUGCAUGACAGCUGCUACACUGCCAGGGUUUUAAGGGUUCCCUGUAAUUAGAGCGAUACUUCUUGGUUUCAGAACGCUUUAAAAGUCACAACGAUGCACGGACGAGUGAAGCUGAAGUCGACAGCUCAGCAAGAGGAGGAAAAAAGAAAAGAGCGAGAGAAAAAACUGAAAAUUUACGUCGCUGCUCGCGAUGCCUGCUUUAGCAAGAGAAAGGAGGGGGUUAUGGACAUUGAGGCCCUGCAGCUGACCCAGCAGCUGCUCUCCUCAAACCCUGACUUUGCCACGCUGUGGAACUACAGGAGGGAGAUCCUGCUGCACCAGGAAACUGUGCUUUCAGAGGAGGAGGUACAGAAGCUGUAUGAGGACGAGCUGGCGUUUCUGGAGGGAUGUCUGAAGGUGAACCCCAAGUCGUACGGCAGCUGGCACCACCGUGGCUGGGUCCUGUCCCGCAUCCCCCGACCCGACUGGACCCGAGAGCUGGGCCUGUGUGACCGCUGCCUGAGCCUGGACGACCGCAACUUUCACUGCUGGGAUUACCGCAGGAUGGUGGUGAAGUUGUCAGGUGUGCCGGUCGAACAGGAGCUGCAGUUCACCGAUCGACUCAUCGGGUCUAACUUCUCCAACUACUCCAGCUGGCACUACAGGAGCACCCUACUGCCCCUGCUGCACCCCCACUCCCCUGAGCCCCCCUCCCCCCUGCGCAACGCCCGUUCCUCCUCCCCCUCCUCCCCCCAGAUGCACUCCCACCGCGUCUGCGAGGAACAGCUGCUUAAAGAGUAUGAGCUGGUGCAGAACGCCUUCUUCACUGAUCCCAACGACCAGAGUGCCUGGUUCUACUACCGUUGGCUCCUGGGAAGAGCGGAGCGGGAGGAGAUGAUCAGCUGUGUGUAUGUCAGUCGUGAGGGAGAGCGGGUCAUCGUAGCCUUCUCCAGGCCUGUGAACGCCCAGGCCGUGGGGCUGCUGCUGGUGGUGGAUGGCCAGCCCCUGCAGGUGGACUGGAGGAGUGUUCACCCUCGUUUCCGGCACUGUCCGGUGUGGAUCUGUGAGCUGCCUCCAGGGACGAUCAGUGACACCAGUAACGAGCACAACCUGACUGUCCACUGGACAGAGAGGCACACGCACAGAGACUGCGCACUCUACACAGGGCGAUCAGAAAGCUGGUGUAGAGACUCUGCCACAGACCAGGAGCUUUUCAGGAGCGAGCUCUCUGUAGAAAAGUCCUCAGUAUUACAGUCGGAGCUGCAGUCCUGCACUCAGCUGCUGGAGCUGGAGCCCCAGAACAAAUGGUGUGUGCUGACCAUCGUCCUCCUGAUGAGAGCACUGGACCCCCUGGGGUAUGAGAAAGAGACCCUCGCUCACUUUGAGACCCUCAAGGAAGUAGACUCCAUGCGCUCCUCCUAUUACAGUGAUCUGUGCAGUAAGUUUAUGAUAGAGAACACCAUUCUAAAGAUGGAGUACGCAGAGGUCCGAGUCUUCAGCCUGUCUGGCAAGAAACUGACAACCCUGUGUCACCUCGACCAGCUGCUAUUGGUGACCCACAUCAACCUCUCCUCCAAUAAGCUGCAAUCCCUGCCUCCGCAGUUCGCUAUGCUGCAGUGCCUUGAGGUGCUGGAGGUGGACGAUAACGCCAUUGAGACUCUCCCUGGACUCUACCACCUGCCCCGACUGGAGGAGCUUUCACUGAGGAACAACCAAAUCUCUCGGCUCUCUGAACUUAAGCCCCUGUCCUCCUGCCCCAAGCUGACCCGGCUCGAUCUCCGUGGAAACCCUGUGACCCAGACUCCCAACCUCCAAUCAGAGCUGGCUGAGCUGUUGCCCUCGGUUACAGACCUUUUGCUCUGAGAGGAGCUGGCGGCUUGGGCCCCCGCUGCAUUUCCAGACUGUGUCAUGGUUCGGGGACGGGGGACGGCGGAGGGGGGCAGUUUUUAAGUGUUCCGCAUGUGUGUUUUGUCUCUGUGUGUCCUGGUCGCUAUUUAUUCGUGUCGGGGAAGGGAGGGGGCUAGGCGGUUCCCUUCAUUUUGCUGUGAAGAUCCUGAUGCACAAGAUUUACUGUGUCCGAGAGACUCAAACAGUCCGUUACAACCCUACACCUGUGCAAGUGUGUCGUCUGUGCCUGUGUGUGUCCGCGCGUGUGCGUGGGAAUGCGUGUGUGUGUGUGUGUGUGCCUGAUUCCUAAGCGAGCACUGCAUGCUUUUUCUCUCUCCGACACACAUAGAGAGCAUGCUGGAUUGUGCCUGUGCUAGAAGUGUGUGUGUGUGUGUGUGUGUGUGUGUUUAUGUGACUGUAUCACAACCUGCCAUCCUCUCAAGUCCCUUUGUCUUCUUUCUCUCUCACACUAUCUCACACACACACACACACACAUACUCAGCACUCUCCUCGAAAACACACAUGCCCACUUACUCUCUCACUCUCACUCCCACACACACACACACACACCACGAUGGGGUGUGCUUCCUGUGCCAGCAGUGGGACAGGCUCUGGAAUAAGGACUGUCUGUCUGGGGGAAUGUGAGGGGAGGAUGCAGAAGCUGAAGAUGACAGCAUAUACGUAUAUGGAGAUAGCAAGACUCUAAAAAAAGCGCAACGGUUUGGAAGUAUCUGUAUUUGGAAAACCGUGGUGGGGAUGAAAACUGCACUGCAAGUUCUCUAUAUUAAUAAAAACACACCUGCAGA